AUGGAAGACAACAACGAAUCACAUGAUGACAGCGAAGAAUCAAAGUAUUGGGAAGACUCAGAAGAUGGGGAGUUUCUUUCAGAAGAGCAAGAUGAGGAGGACGAGGAUGACUCAGAAGUAGAGGAUGAGGAGGAUGAGGAGGACUCUGAAGAGGAUGAGGAAGACUCUGAAGAGGAUUUCAACGGAGAUCCUCCAUUCUACAUCCUGGCCGAAGGUCCUUCUGUGUGCAGGAGAGGCGAACAGAUUUCUGGUGGUUGUGAGACCCCUGAUGUUGUUCCCACCUCUACCUCUCUCUUUUCUCAGAUGACUGAUGUUGCUAUAGCUGAAAGUUAUGGCACCGAUGGAGAGUCUGCUGAGCUGGAAUCACCUGUACCACCACUUCGUCGUACCAACCGCCUUGCCAACAGAAACACUGGAACAGGGGUAACCUGGACCACCACUGUUAGAAGAAUCCGCCUUGGACCAGUUCUUGCGUUGUUGCAACACUCUCCCCGUUGUUUUACCAUUCAGUAG